UUAAGCGUGAAGUCUCCCCCUAUAAGAAAGCUGAGGGAAAUUAUCUUGGCAGCUACAAGGAAAAUACGGUUUGAAAGAGUUAUUAUGAGUUUGCGAGUAACCAGAGUAUUCUCUACCUUAGUAGAAGAAAUGAAAGCACUGCAGUGUAAUCAAGAAAUGGUGCCCGCGAACUUACCUGAGAGGAGUCCAGUAUUGCUGUUUCUGGGAGGUGGCAUGGGGGCUGGAAAAAGCACCAUCCGUGAAGCCAUCCUGAAGGAAGCAUUCUGGUCACAAAUAGCUACCAAUGCUGUGAUAGUUGAGGCAGAUGCUUUUAAAGAAAAAGAUGACAUAUAUAAGGCUCUUAAUUCCACCACCGUUCAGUUGGGUCGUGAUCAUAAUGAGGGGCUGGAAAGUGCUGAAACGGUGCAUGAGUUUUCUACCCGUGCUGCAUCAUCUCUCCUCGUGACAGCGCUAAAUGAAGGUCGAGAUGUAAUCAUGGACAGUACCUUGUCAUGGGAACCAUUUGUAAAACAGACCAUUACUAUGGCAAGAAAUGUUCACAGAUGCAAAUAUAGAAUGGGGGAAGGCUAUAAAGAGAAUGAAGAUGGGACUGUCAUUGAGAAUUAUUGGGUUGAAGAUGAACACGGGGAAACUCCUCCAACAGGAGAAUCAAACACUCGACAACCUUACAGGAUUGAGUUAGUGGGCGUGGUUUGUGAUAGCUAUAUUGCUAUAGUGAGAGGCAUUAGGAGAGCUAUUGCGACAGGAAGAGCAGUAAGGGUGAAUGCGCAACUAAAAUCUCAUCAAAGAUUUGCCCGUGCAUUUCCAAAAUAUUGUGAGCUUGUCGAUAAUGCCAGGCUUUAUUUUACAAAUGCUAUCGAUCAUCCACCAAAGCUCAUAGGAUGGAAAGAUGGUGUUGAAGAUUUACUGGUGCAUCCUCGAGAUUUUAAAUGCAUGGAGAGGAUAGCCAAUUUGAAUGUUAAGGCUGAUUGCAUCUAUAACCUCUACAAGGAACCAAACACCGUCAUGGAAUCCGGUUCCAUUUGGAGUGAAAUAAUUUUGGCACCUUCAAGAAUAGAAGACCAAAAAGAAUUGAGGAAGGCUAUUGAGAAAUCAGAGAAAUAUGAUGGCUAAAUACCUCAAGUUAUUGGAGCUCAAUAGCAUUUAUCUAUCAAGACUGUUGGGUUUCAAUGGUGAAGGAUGCCGGUAAUCUAGAAUUAAUAUGACACCAGAACAAGAACAAGAACAGUGCAAUUUUCUUUACUUAGUUAUUGGAUAUUAAAGUACUUACCAGAUUCUCUGUUCUGAACUUUUAACAAGUUGACAUGCCGCAGUUGU